AUGGAGAACCGGUGGAUGAACAAAUGCAACUCGACAUUGCCGCCUGCGGCUUCGUCGUCGUCUUCUCAGGAGCAACGGAAUCAGAUGGAGAAUGCAGGCUAUUUGUCUUGUCAGCGUGGCUCACAAGAUUUGAGACCGGCGAUGCUGGGUUGGUUGCAGGAUCCUCUGCUUUCCAGCAUCCAGAGUUCAGGUUCCCACAGAUCAGAACAUGUUAAUUUGGGAAAUUCUUUUCUGUCUCUCCUAUCUGGGUCACCAUCGCUAUUGCAGCGUGGUUUUCAAGAUUUCUCAAAUUCCCAACCUAUCUGUACCUCUGGUAAAAUUUUACCAGUGGGUAAUAAUUCCAUUCUAAACAGUACUCAAAGUACCAUUCCAUUGUCAUCCACCGGGCUACCAUCAGAAAAAUUGAGUUGGACAAAUCUGCAAAGUGGAACAGACUUCUGCCACAAUGGUUCAUCAAAGGUAGUGCCAAGUUCCAUUUGUGCCAGCAAUUCUGUAUUGCAUGAUCUGCAGAGUUCAGACCUGGCCAAGGUAGUCAUCUGUCACACGGGCCCUGUUAAUGAGAAGCUAGAGAGUUCUUAUGCCUUGAGUAGGGAAUGGCACUGUGCUGGUCCUGCAUCUAGAGCAAAUAUUCAAAAUUCCGAAAGAAUGCCACUGGAAGCAAAUUCCUUCAUAUCUAAUCAGGCAUAUAGAGUAUGUCAUAGUGCUAGUCCUGCAGAUUCUUGGAAGGCUCGUAGAGAAAGCAUUCAUACUUCACAAACAAUACCACUGGAAGCAAACUCUUUUAUUUCUUAUCAUGCAUCUAGUCUAUGGCAUGGCACCAAUCCUGCAGAUAAUGGGAAGGCUUGUAGAGCUAACAUUGAAACUUCACCAAAAAUGCCCCAAGCAUCCAGUUUUAUGAAUGGUUGCCCUCGUGUUUUCUGCUCGACUACUAGUGGCUAUCUACUUUUUAGCAAUACAGGAUUUCUUGGUAUUGUUUGCUCUUGCCAUUCUUUUCGCAUGUCUGCCUUUAAGUUUUGUGAGCAUUCAGGAUUAUAUGGUGUUAACCCGGGGGAUGCCAUUCGCAUGGACAGUGGAGAGACCAUUUCUCAAUGGUGCAAGCUCUAUCUCCCGAAGUUUGGGAUUAGGAUCCCUGGAGAUAAGAGUGAAUGGGACUGGCCUGAAGAAUUAUCAGCAACUGCCAGUUUGAUGAAACGUAGUGUGCCUAUGCCAAAGAUAUCUAAUAGCUCGUCUGAUUUGGUCUUCACACGUGGAGGUUCAGUAAGCUCUAAACAGUCUUUUGAUGGUGUUCCGCUAUCAAAGAAUCUUAUCACAUGUCAGAGUUUGGUUAUUAGUGCCGUAUCAAAUAAACCUGAAGGGAACAGUCAGGAUAGUAACAACCCAUUUCUCAAGGCUUUGACUGGUACUUCACAGAGUAAUUUGCAAAUGGCAGAUAACAUGACAAUGGAGCGUGCCAUGGCAACUUCAAAGCUAGUUGGAAAUGGAGCAGAAGAUAGUUGCCAGUUUAUUUCUUCUUAUACUGGAUCUGUGCCCAAUAGAACUUCCAUUGCCCACCCACCUUUACAGGAACGAAGAAUCAAUGGUAAAGAAUCAGACUUUCGCAGAAUUGAAAACACAAGGGAUGGUGCCUUCAGAGAUGCUGCAAUUUCAAAUAUUGAGCUUAGGCUUGGUCAACCGUACCAAUUGGCUCAAACUUCAGGAAAUACUGACCUGUCAGCUGUAGGGCCGCCACUCUUGGGCACGGUUGUAAAUCCAAUGAAAUCACUCUUCCCUCAACAGAUGAAUGCUAGCAGAGCGAAUUGCAGGGAAGAAGUGGAAUUUAUGCAAUGUGAUCGUCUUUCUGCCAACCCGUCCAAUCCCAGCAGGAAUAGAAAUUGGAACCAGUUGAACCAUGGCAAUAAUGCAUUUGUAAUCAGGAAUGGCACAGAUGAUGAAAGAGCACAGAAUUCUGUAAUUUCACUUCUUACCAAUCUGAAAUCUCCAUGUAAAGAAAAUAAACCAUCAAAAGCCAAUAACUCUAUGUUCAAUGUCAGUGGGAAUUCGAUGAGAAAUACACUACAUUCUGAACCUCUAUCUGACAAGAACGACCUCGCUACUGUCUGGCGGAGCGGAGGUAAUAGUGAAAGGCAACUGGACAUGUCGCACUUGGGUUCCUAUAAACUAAAUGACAAUGAUAAAGGGCUGAGUUCUGCUGCUCAUGCCUCUCAACUUGCAAAGGAUUUGGGGUUCAGAAUACGCAAGGAGAUGGAAGUGUCUAGUUCUUUCAAUAGGUUGAGUGGUAAUGGGGAUCCUAAUUUCUCAACAGCACAUAGAAACAGCUGCUACUCCCAUCAGUUGUCUGGUGUGCCACUGGGUACACCUGAAUCCAAAAUAAUGUCCAAUUAUCCUGAGAAGGUUAAUUCUUUGGCAAAUAGUGGGCAAGUUGAUCAUGUCUAUCUUCGACCCAUGGCUUCAUCUAUGGGAUCUGGGAUUCCUACUCAGGCAGUCUCAAAAGGUAUUCCUGUGAGUGCAUCAACCUCUUUAGCAGAUCUGAUACCGCCUUUCUAUAGGGAAGAGUUUGUUGGAGUUCACACUCAUUUGCCUGAUGAUACAUUACAAGUGCAUGCAACAAGGCAAAUGCAAGAGAUAUCGAAGUUGCCUUCCCCUUCCAAGAACCAAGGGGAAGGAAGAGUUGGUUGCUCUACUUAUAUGCAGCAGUCUCGCGUAGAUACUUCAGCAUCUGGGAAGCAAAGCCACAAACUUAGUCUUAGCGAUAAACAUGAUGUUUCUGAAGCUGGGGUUAAUCCACAUCCAUCUGAUGUUACCUGUAGGAUUGGAACUGAUGAAGGUUUUGCUUCCCUGACAGGUGUUAACUGCUGUUGUCAAUUCUCACAAUAUAAACAAGGAAAUGCAAUACAUUUUAAAGAAGUUGGUCUGAAACAUCAAACUUCAGUUGUUCCUCUUUGUAAGGAGCAGCCCUCACCAAGAAGUGAAAAGUCAAAGAAUGUCCCUGAGCCUAGUGAGCAUGAAAGGUGCUGCCACAAAGUGCCCUGUGGUAAUUUUCGGGGCAGCUCCAGUCAUGCAGCCUACAGAAAUUGUUUAGAAAUGAAUUCUGAAUCAAGAGUUGGAAGCUUUUCUGCGGUGUCUAAGGUACAAAUGGGAACAGUCAACAGUGAAGCCUCUAUGAUACUUUCUCCACAAUUUUCUAACAGCCAUUUAAUUCCGAAGGAUAAAACUGUUUCCUUGGAUCAUAAGAGAAAGCUGAGUGGGGAAGUAACCAAGAACAAUGCUUAUCAUACUUCUCAGUGGAGAGAUGUGCCAAGUAAGGUCAAAGGGGUUUCUGAUGUGACGCGUGUGGACCGCUUAGCUAAUCUGUUUGAUGCAACAAGAGAAGACAGAGAGAAACUUGGAGAUACUUGUGUUAAAUGCUUCAAUGGGACUGUGCAGAUAGCGGACUCCAUGAAAGAGCAUGAAGUGUCUAAUAUAUCUUCUGGAUGCUCUGCUCCUGUGGUUAGUCAGCCAUCAAUAGAGUUUAACAAUAUGGAAUCUUCAACUAAUGAUCCUGGGGAUCAUGGAUGUGGAAGCAAUUUUGUUGUUGAUGAAGGAUCAGGCAUUGACAAAGCGUGGUCAUCAGAUGAUGCACUUGAAAGUGAAAGAAGUGCCAAGUUCCUUGCCUCUACUGGUUCUAGCCUUAAAAAAGUUGGGGCUCCCAAGAAUUUAAAUCAUGAAUCUUCAUCUUGCCUUCUUGAUGACCUAAAACUACUAAACUCUUUAACAUGGCAGAAAGGUCGAGAUCAAAUCCCAGCUGGGCUUGCCCUUCGUGAUAAAGACAAACAUCUUCAGAACUUAGAACAAGGCUUGAAGAUUGGGAAGAGAAAGAGAGAACUAGCAUUGGAAUUGAAUGCUUCAUGUUCCAAUUCAGAUUCUUCUCGAGUACGACAAGAGAAUCACAAUAGUAAUGGUACUUCACAGUUCACCUCCCAACCAUCAAAGAGUUUAAUGAUGCUUUCAACAUCAAGGAAAUCGGGAACUCAUGUCACUGGAAAUUGCAUUACUCAAUCUAGUUCUAAACCCAGACUACAUAUAUCAUCUUCAGCAAAGAAACUCUUGCUUAGAAGUGAUUUACACAAACUGCAUGAUGACAAAGAGAGUGAGGUGAAUAAUGUUUUCCAGACAGAAUUAAAUGGUGGUGCUAACAAUCAUGAACUUCCUGAAGUUUCUGGUGGGAAGACAUGUAAAAGAGAUUGCAGUUCCAAUGCUUUCAGGCAGUUCCAGAUACAAGAAUCUAGUAGAAAAGAUACUAAAAGAACCAAGUACAAUUCUGUAGAUGGUUUCAAAUCGACAUGUAGUCAGCAAGUGAAGAUUGGUCAUAGGAAAGCAAGGCCAAUAGUAUGCGGAAUAUAUGGUGAAUUAACUGAUGGAAGUUCGACUGGACGAAUGUCAAAACCGGCAAAACUUGUUCCUCUCAGCAGGGUUCUUAAUUCUUCCCGCAAGUGCAUACUCCCCAAACUUUGCAACUCUAAAUCAAGUUCCAUGAGGAAGAAGAAACUUGGUGGGGCUGCCAUAUGCAAUACAUAUGACUUGAAGACUGAAAAAUACAAAUGUCAUGAUGCUAUGGUUAAAGUUAAUGAUACUUCCAUGAGAAAAAAGAAGAAAGAAUGCUCCCCUGGAGAGAGAGAGAUUCAUAAAGAGCUGUUCUCAAUGGAGAAACAAGGAGAUGUUCAAAGUGAAAAGGAUCAUCAAAAGCUAGACAGUAUUACCCAUACUCAAUUGCAGAUGAAGCCUAAGGAAAUUCGGAAACGCAGCAUAUAUGAAUUUACAGAAAAAGGGGACGAUACUGGCUUUAAAAGUUCUUCUGUAUCAAAGAUUUCAAAUUUCCGGCCAGCAAACGACGGCAAACUUGUAAAUACUGGUGAAGAUAGUGGGUUAUGCCAACAUAGUGCUAAAAAUUCUACUCAAGAGCACAGGUGCCAUUGUAAUUGCGACUCAGAUCCAAUUUGCUGCGUCUGUGGUAGCUCAAACCAAGAUGAAAUCAAUAUUUUAUUGGAGUGUAGUCAAUGUUCAGUCAGAGUGCAUCAGGCUUGUUAUGGUGUGUCCAAAGUACCUAAGGGCUGUUGGUCUUGCAGACCAUGUCGGAUGAGCUCAAAAGAUAUUGUAUGCGUUCUUUGUGGUUAUGGCGGUGGUGCCAUGACUCAAGCACUACGGAGUCAGACAAUUGCUGUAAGCAUUUUAAGAGCUUGGAACAUUGAAACGGAAUGUGGGCCUAAGAAUGAGCUAUGUUCUAUUAAAACUUUGCAAAAAGACUCAACUGGAUUGCAUUGCUCGGGCUAUAGACAUUCUGAAAGCUCUUCCCUUUUUGUGUCUCAACAAAGUGGCCAACCUUUGGCAGCAGCUCAUUGUAAAAGGGGUAUGUCAUACAGAGUGGAUGGUGUUGAGAAUUCCCCUAGUGUUAGUAAGACAAAGGUACAUAACAGCAUUACCAUGGGAUUAGUUGAUUCGGCUACUAAACAGUGGGUUCAUAUGGUUUGCGGGCUUUGGACUCCUGAAACACGAUGCCCCAAUGUUGACACCAUGAGUGCUUUUGAUGUCUCUUGUGUUCCCCUCUCCACCGAUGAUGCGGUUUGCUGUAUGUGUAAGCGAGCGGGGGGCUCAUGUAUACAGUGCAGGGUUGAAAAUUGUUCUGUUCGAUUUCACCCAUGGUGUGCUCAUCAGAAGGGUCUGUUGCAAACUGAGGUUGAAGGUGUUGACAAUGAGAAUGUUGGCUUUUAUGGAAGAUGUGGACUACAUGCUACACAUCCCAUAUACAAAUCAGAAUACCCUGUUGACACUGAAGCUGGUUGUCUGGACGAAAAGAAAUUAGUGUGCGCCAGAACUGAGGGUUACAAGGGCCGUAAACGUGAUGGCUUCAGGCAUAACUAUUGUGAUCGAUCGAAGGGAAGUGAUGGAUGCCUUGUUCCUCAGGAGCAGUUGAAUGCUUGGGCGUAUAUUAAUGGGCAGAAGUCAUGCACACAGGAGCUUCCUAAACUGGCAAUAUCUGAAAUCGAGCAUGACUCUCGGAAAGAAUACACACGCUAUAAGCAAGCAAAGUUGUGGAAGCAUCUUGUAGUAUACAAAUCUGGCAUACAUGCCCUUGGUCUUUACACAUCUCGGUUCAUUUCCCGUGAUGAAAUGGUUGUCGAGUAUGUUGGAGAAAUUGUGGGGCAACGUGUUUCUGAUAAGAGGGAAAAUGAAUAUCAAUCUGCAAAAAAACUUCAGUACAAGAGCGCGUGCUACUUUUUCAGGAUAGACAAAGAGCAUAUCAUUGAUGCUACCUGCAAAGGAGGGAUUGCUCGAUUUGUGAACCAUUCAUGCUCGCCAAAUUGCGUUGCCAAGGUGAUAUCAGUCAGGAAUGAAAAAAAGGUUGUAUUUCUUGCUGAGAGGGAUAUUUUCCCGGGAGAAGAGAUAACAUAUGACUACCAUUUUAACCAUGAGGACGAAGGUAAGAAGAUUCCAUGUUUUUGUAAUUCAAAGAAUUGCAGGCGCUACUUGAAUUGAGACAAUAUACUUAUCCAGCAUAGCUGCAUAAGUAAUUGUAAAUCCUUGUAUUCAAUCACCUGAUCCAGCAUGAUGAAUGCAGCAGUCUCUUUUCUUUCUUUCUUUUUUUGGCCUCGUUGAAACUAGGAAUUCAUGAACAGUUUAAAGUGCACACAGGACCAUACCAAUUUUCUUCCACGAAAAUUGCGUUAGACUUUUGUAGGCACACAGAGGUAAACUAAAGAUAACACUGACUAGUUUCGCCAAUUUUAAUGUGAAGAAUUUUACGACAUGCAUAUGAAUAUGUACUUAUGUAAGCAAGAGAAGAGCAGGUGUCCUCUACCACAUUUUUUUACCACCGAUCCGAACCCUAAGUCAGCAGUCCUACGAUCACAACCAACCUGAACUCCACAGUUCUUCUUCCGAUUUUAACUGAGUUCUAAUUUGGUCUUGAUCAAUCAGUUUC